AUGGUUCUCGAUUACGAUUGUAUCAGUCAGUUCAUAUCUAUCUAUCUAUCUAUCUAUCUAUCUAUCUAUGUCAGACCGUUCUUAUCUAUCUAUCUAUCUAUCUAUCUAUCUAUCUAUCUAUCUAUCUAUCCCCGACCGUUCAUAUCUAUCUAUCUAUCUAUCUAUCUAUCUAUCUAUCUAUCUAUCUAUCUAUCUGUCUAUCUAUCUAUCUAUCUAUCUAUCAUAGACCGUUCAUAUCUAUCUAUCUAUCUAUCUAUCUAUCUAUCUAUCUAUCUAUUUUCUGUCCAUCUAUCUAUAAUUUUAUCAUUUGUUAUGCAUCUAUCUAACUAUCUGUCCCUCGAUAAUCUGUCUGUUUAUCUAUCUAUCUAUCUAUCUAUCUAUCUAUCUAUCUAUCUAUCUAUCUAUCUAUCUAUCUUAAUGUAUUCCCAUCUAUCUAGCCAGUUUAUUCAUAUCUAUCUAUAUAUCUAUCUAUCUAUCUCCUUCUUAAAUCUCUCUUUCUCUCUCUCUCUCUCUCUCUCUCUUCUCUUAAAGUUACAUUCUCUAUACUCUCAUUAUAUAUCGCAGUGUCUUUUCCCAAUUACUAUUAUAUCUCAGUUUCAAUAA